GCUGUUCGGGGUGUGCUCACCUAGGUGUGUGUUGAUUUCAUUACUUGGUUGUGCCUCAUCUCAAAUUGGCUGGGACCACUGGUUGUCUAUUGACCCACGGUCUUGGUUGCCCUGCACAACGAUCCGCCCGUCAGCCAAGCGCAACACUCCGACCACACACCCACGCACCCAACAUAUACAGACAUCUGAAUACACACAUCUGACACAAGACAUUGUCGCAUCCGAUCUGUUGAUUUUCUUUGGUUUGAUCUUCUCAUUCAUUUGCCAUUUUGGGGGUAGCCUAGUCUUUCCCCUUCGCAUCAACAAUUAUCUUUUUCAGCCUAGCAAGGCCAGCUCUACCCUUCACGAUUUUUACACAUAUUCCAGUUGAUUGCGGACAAUAGCUUUGCGCAGUUGGAGGCACCGUCUCGUCCGGCAUGGAGGCACUCAACUAAAUAGCUAACUCGAGCACCGCCCAGACCAUGACGACCCCGAAUCCACCACCGGACGAUCAGCCCUCGCCAGAAGCUGCGGCCCCAAGCACAGAGUCCGACAAGCAGAGCACUGAAAGUCCCGCCGCCAAGGAUGACACCGCCGCCAAGGACAGUGGCAGCUCGAAGGACAAUGGCACGCCGAAGACUCCCAAACACCGCCGCGGCGUCUCGUCGGGCGGGACUCCGCAGACCGCUCCCCCAAUCAUCGUGACCACCACGCACGGCGGCGGCAAUCGACAGCGCUCCGCGACGCUCAAGCCUCAGCCGACGCUGCUGACCGACUUUCUGCUCGGCCGGCAGUCGCCCGCCCGCGUGGCCGCCAUGCGCCAGCAGAGGUUAGACUCGAUGGCAGUGCGUGCCGAGAUCAAAAAGGAGAUGCGCGAGGCCGCCGUCAACAGGCUGGCGCAGCCGGGCGGCGUCCGCGACCGUGUGCAAAAGUGGCAAAAGAACAACGCAGCCGCGAUGCUGGCCGGGGACCCCGAGGAUGCGGCCAGCGAGCCGACCGACGUCGCCUUCAACGUCGACGAGGAUAGCGUCACGGAGGAGGACCGGCAGCGCAUCAAAUUCAGACAGCAGCACAAGCACAGGAGGAAAAGCUCGGCUAAGCCCGUCAAGGUUGAACCCACAAGCAAGGGCGAAGGCGACGAAGAAGCCGUUGACGACACAGAACCUGCCGCUGAGCCAGCAUCCCCACCAAAGAAAAGGAUCGUUAGUGACGAACACUGGAUGAAGCGUAGGAGGAGGAGCCCGCCAGGGUCCAGGGCUAUAAGGAUGAAGGCAGGAGGCGGCCCGACACCCAUACCAAAAAACUUUCUUCAAAGAUCGGCUCCAAAUCCACCGGUGAAUAACAAGAUCGCCGCCUGGGCCGCCAAAGUCGAGCCUAUGGAAAUACCAACCAAGACCAAAAAAUACUAUUCAAAAUCCGGGGACGCAAUCGAGGUAGAGGAGGAUGAUCUCAGCAGCGCAGUCAGCAGCUCGAGAUUUACUGAAGAGGAAGGCAGCCGAGUGCGGUCAGCCGUCUCGAGGAGAUCUGAAGGUUCUAGCGCGAGAACAACAGGAAGAAGCAGCGCAAGGACGCAUGACUAUGAAGGCUCUAGCGCGAGGACAACCGGAAGAAGUAGCGCGAGGACUCUCGACGAUGAUGGUAUCCGCGUACGCCCGAUCCGUUCACAAUCCAGGAAGCCAAAGGAUAGCGAUGACCGUAUUAGAGCAACAUCCUCGUCGACGUUACCAGACGAUGGCAUCAGAGUAAGGCCAUUGCGGACAAAAGAAAGCAGAGAAGAUCGCACCCGCUCAAGGUCUAGAAAGCCAUCGGGAGAGCGGCCGCGGAGGGUCGCGAGCGCACGACGGGAUCCAUCACCUUCUACUAUAUUGCCAUCUGAGGUUGAUACACUGUCUAUUCCGGAUACUCCGACCCGGAAAUCGACUCGAAAAAGUCCGCCCAGGACCAAGAAGAGCAAGCCUCCACCUACGGAGAUCACAGAGCUCACACAGACAACGCAAACUACAGACGCCACCGAGGCGACCGGUGUGACGGAGGCGACCGGCACGUCCUACCUCACUGGAACUACGGGUACCACGGACAUGACCGGAACCACACAUACCGAGGAUCUUUCAGACGAUAGGUCUUCAAGCGAUUUCGAUAACUCGGACCUCCCGUCCACCGCACCAGCGAAAUCCCUGGCCGAUAUUCCAUUCGGAUACUCGGCAUUUAGUGAACUUGAUCUUCCCAUCCGGGGUGAUGGGGGAAAGAUGCAGAGACCAAAGGCACAGAGGUCGCCAAGUUUCAACGCCACUGCUGUAUUCAAAAAGGUAUACACCGAGGGUAGGAAGAUAAUAACUCAUACGGUCGCUCCUCCGGAGCCUCCGAAGCCGGCGAUGAACCAGCCUCCCAACAUUGAGAACUGGUUGAGCAGCACGGUUGAUCCAUUUGUCGCGUCACCAGAAGUAGAAAAGGAGGAUGUGGAGCAUGAAUGGAAAACUGCCGCAAAGAGACGGUCGGAUGCUGGCAGGCGGCGUCCCAAGGCACCGGAGAGAAGCGAUAUCUCAUCUGAGACGACAUCGAGUGUACAGGAGGAAAACCAGGAAAACAAAGACCCGAAGCCAGCUAUCACCGAGGAGGGGACACCACAAAGGGAGACGAGCCAAACUCCACCAUCCACAGGGCUGAAGCGGAGCGGAGCGACAAGAGGUAUGUCUUCGCCGUUGAAGACGGUCCCCAAACCGGCACCCAAGAAGCCGUUCCGGGAAGCCCUUAAAGAAGCAUUCCGCGGAGAGUCUGCCGGUCAUAAGAUCGCAACCAAAAGGUAUGCUAGCUUUGAAAAAGAAAAGCUACCGGAACCCGAACCCGAACACUAUGACGAGGACUCGGAAAGGGGCUAUCAUGGUACGCGCGAGUCUCGAGACCAUCGUAGGAGAUCCUCGGGCUCUCGUAGGUCACAAUCACCGAGCUCCUCUCUCACAUACGACAGCCAAUCCUCGGUGCCGCCGGCACCGCCAGCAGCUGGUCUGCCUAGAAGGUUAAAACCCCCAACAAAUGGGCUUCAUGAAUUGUCUACAAUUGUUUCCAUGGAGGACUCAAGGGGAGGACAGUCCGAAGUCGACUCCGUAGUAUCAGAAACAACAGUCACACAGGCUUCGGAUUUUACGAAAUUCACGGGCGCAUCCUCAGCAACUCGACGAAAAUCCACGCUCAAGAGGAGGCUUACGAAGCAUUCAGACUUAGUCUCGGUGCUGUCAUUACCAGAAGCCGCAGGCGUGCCAACCAGAGCACCGAGUAUAAGAGUAGCCCGGAGCUUGCGCAGAAAGACUAGCAAGCUUGAAAACGCGACUUUGGAUGACCUGCUACACGAGUUCAUUGAGGAUGAGAACUUUUACCAACGUGAACUAAGGACCAUCAUCGAUGGCGUCAUUCCUGUGCUGCUCAAGGAAGUCGUCUGCCGCGAUACCAGAAUCAUCCAAGAUCUCUUCGGUUCGGCCUUUGGCAAUGAAGGCCACGGUAGAGCUGCCCCCGAUGCCGCAGAGAAGGCGGUGGUGUCGAUGGGAGUAGCUCUAGAGAGAAUAAACAACCACCACAAGGCGAUUCCUUACACUGACCCCAACCUGGUGGCUGUAUGGUUGGAGAGGAUCGUGCCUAUUUACAGCGCCUACUAUGAUGUAUGGCGCCUCGGAUUCCAGGACUUGAUUGUCAAUCUUGCGCCAGCUGCUGGCAAGUCGGACGAGGAAGACUCGCUUGUAAACGCGCUGCCGCGCAAUGCAGAGGGCGACGUUGUUAAUGACAACGGCGACAGAGUGGAUGUGGCCCACCUGCUAAAGAGGCCCCUUAUUCGCGCCAAGUGGCUCCUCAAGCUGAGCAAGGGACUGCGCCAUGUGCUUGGCAAUGACGUUGUGCCAGACCAACUAGUAGACAAGUUCGCAGACUUGCAAGCCAAGGCGCAGCGUCGGCACCGUGAAGAGCAGGCCAGAAAGACGAACGACGAUGCCUCCAACACAGAUACGAGCCGCGCACGAGACCUGAGGACACUUCGUCCCCUGGACGGCGUCUUCAUUGACCAGACACGCGAGGUCAACUCCAAAGACGUCUUCUCACUCGACUUGGCCCACUCGAAUGGCCAACGACUCGAGUGCCAGGUCGAGCUAAUUUACAGAGACAAACUCACAGAUGCUCACGACAGAGGUGACCUUUUGAUCAGAGAAAGUGGUCCCACUGGUGUACAAUACCUGCUCUUUGCCCCCAUUUUCUGGGAGAACGUAUCGGCCCGGCGUGGUGACGGACAGGGCAAGCUCGUACUCAUGGUCCGCGGCACGCAUGGACACGAUGAAUGGUACGAGCUUCUGAACCUGGAAACCGAGUACGACGAUGCGAUUCCCGAGUGGCUUGAACUCCUCGGUACUGUUCCCCGGCCGCCUGCACCGCCUGCAGUAUCAAGUACAGAUCUCCUCCACGUUCAGGAUAUCAGACCCCCCAGGUCUGGCGAAGUUGAUGUGCCUGUUGGAGCUCAGAAGUUCAGCCGAACCCUUCCCUCAGUGCCUAGGGAGGGUUCACCACAGACCCCCAGCCGCUAUCACCACGUUCGUAACCGCAGUGUCCCAACAACUCCUACACUCGCUGGAGAUGCCACACCCAAGACUCGGUCACCCAGCGCUAGCUACUCGCCAGACUCGGAUCGGACACCAACCCAAUCCACCUACGCACCCUCGCCCGAGUCUGACCGCGAAAGCCGCAGAAAGUCGGCAAACUCCACCCCAGUCCGUGACGAUGGUGCCCCGCCACCUCCUGUCCACAGAACAUUCACGUCCAAGAAGCCUGCGGCCGUCGAGCUCCCACCGCCCGCUCGUGUCAAGCGCCAUGGGUCAUCUCCCCUCAAGCACGAAUAUAGGCCAUCAGACGUGUCAUCAGAGUCAUCAGAAGAGGAGGAUGACUCUGAUUCGGAUGACUCAUACUCGGACUCACUCUCCUCAGGCGACGAGCUCGAGGACGAAGAGGUUCCUGAGACGGAACCUGGCAUCAGUAUUAGGAAGCCAGAGUUUAGCUUCAACCCCAACGCAUCGGUUCUGUCAGAUGACAGCAUCACACCAUCGGCCUCGGCAUCUCAAGUGGACCUUCGAGGUCCUGAUAUAAUAGACGAAUCAGUCAAGGCCGUUGCCACGAUAUCAUACUGGUCCAACAAGCGCGGCCGGUGGAAGGAGGUCCGCUCAGAUGCCUGCAAUGUCAGCAUCACCCCAGGACUGCUCGAGGUGCACCCAAUGACUGUCGACCGUCCUGUGGGCUCCGAAAUGAUGGGAAGAAUGGAUGCCGGCGCCGACGUGCCUCUCAUCGCACUGGAUCUGACACCGCUGGUCAUGAUCCGAAAGAGCACUGCGAUCGACCUCGAGAUCCGCUCGCCGGUGCGAUCUUACUCAAAACUGAGCGGCAUAGACGGCAUCAUCUUCCGCUUCCGCGCCUUGUCUCCUAUGCACCUCGAGCACUUUUACGCAGCGGUGCACCAUUCUCGUAUGAACAAUGCCAAAUUCCGUGCCCUCGAAGAGGAGGCACGGUUCAGGUCGUUUGGCCAAGGUCAAAACCAUGGCCAGCAGGCCACUAGCGCCAGCGGGAGCGGCAAGAAGUCCUGGUUCGGACGCAAGAACAGCUACCGCGCGUCGACGCGGGCGCCGAGCCAGAGCCAGCAAAGCGGUAGCGGCUCCUCGGGCAUUUCAAUAUCUGCAUCGAGCUUCCUGAAGCGACUGACGGGUGGAUCUGGCCUCGCCUUCAACAUUGACAAAUCGUCGCUGCAGCAGCAUCAGCGUGAUAGCAGGCCCGGCAGCGCGGCCGGUCCGGCGUCAAUGUACACAUCAUCCUCGUCGGGCAGAGACGGCAACACUCCACCCAGAUCACCCAGCGUCAGCAUGGCGUCGUCGCCGAACCGCGGCAUCCUGGCCUGCGGCGGGACGACGGACCUCCGGAUCAGGUGCCACCUCCUCGUAUCGGCAAACAAGUGGGAGGACAAUGGCAACUGCCUGCUAUCUAUAUCAAGGCCGCCGCCGGGGGUGCGGCAGGAGCUGCGCGUAUACCACGGUAUGGAGAAGCGAAUCCUGGUUACGCAGAUCCCCAAGAAGUCGAUACUCUUGCCCAAGUCGGACGAGGCCUCAGCGCCCCCCAAGGUCGUCCUCGACGUCGUCCUGGGCAGCAGGUGCUUCAGCAUGCUGGGCACCAGGGGAAUCAUCCUCAACGUGUGGGAGGACCUGCGCGACGACCAGAACAGGGUCGGCAGCGCGCCGGCGGAGGGCGCGCUGAGCGGGCGCGUCAAGAAGUGGUGCUUCCAGUGCGCCAGCGCGGUCGAGGCCAACUGGAUCUUUGGCCUCGUCGCGAGGGAGGUGGAGAUCCCAUAGAGGAUGGGAAUUUUCUUGUUUUGCGUGCAAUUUUGUUUGGUCAUUUAUUUUUUGUGGCCUUUGCAUUUUUUUCUUCAUCCCUUUUUUUCAAUUGUGUUCUCUUUUUCUUUUUUCCUUUUUUUUUCGCUCGAUACCCAUUACUUUGUUUCACAUUUCUGGUUUCCUCUAAGGUUUUUCUCUUGAAGGUAUAUUCUUGUUGUCCUUUUGUCUUUUUUACUAUAUACUGUUACUUGUUGUGUAUUCCGGUGUAGCAUUGUAUAGCGGGCUGGAAACCGAGGCAAACGAAAGCAGGUCGAUGUUGACCAAAUUCGAAAGCCUUGUUUCUUCUUUUGUCCCAUUUCUCUCUUGUUGUUUCUACUUACUAGAGCAUUCUUCCUGCAUUGUUUUUGGACUGGCAUCGAUGGGGAGGUUUUUGGAAUUCGGGCGACGGCGUACUGGCGGCGACAGCCUGGAUUUAACAUUAUUCUUUUACUGUAAAUACAACUUGGAUGACCCUUUCAUGUGGCACGACUGUUUUUUAUUAAUUUCUUUUCUCUACCUCAGUAGACUUAGACACGGGUACGGAGAAUACCUUUACCAAAAAUACAUGUGUAAUUCUAUUGAAGA